AUGGAGGACAGCCCAGCAAAUCGCCUGCCGGCGCAGCUGCUCCCCCAUAUGCACCUCGUCUCCCGUCAUCGCUACCCCGUCGUCCACAUGAUGCCCACCGAGACCGUCGUCGAAUACCUCCUGUCCGCCCCCAAGAUCGUGCGCGAAGCCCAACCCAUGCACUGGACCUUCCUCGAUGGUCCCCAGGACGGUACGGUCAUGCUGACCUGGCAACCCCUGCAACAUCUGGGCAACAAUUUCGCCAGCGAUGGUUACGUCUGGGCCGAUGCCGAACAGGCCUACACUUUUGAAGCUCGGGGCUACGUCGUCGAGAUGUACCUGCAUCGCAGUGGCUACCAUCCGCCCAACGAAUCCCUGGCCAUCCACUCGCGCCGUCGCUACCGUCUCUUACCCACCAAGAACCCCAACCCCAACGGUCCCGCCCCCGAUCCCGCCCUCUGGAUCGUUCACUACUCCCGCGCCCCGCCUCCGGAACACGUGCCCGCCAAUCGCAUUCCCCUCCUCCCGCAGGUCCAGGGCAUGCUGUCCCAGCGCCGCUUCUUGCAGAGCCAGGGCCAGCUCGCUCGUAAGGACUUCAUGCUGCUGGACCGCCAGAACUGGCCCACCAUCAACUUCCCCCCGCAGGUGGCCCCCCAGGGUUACGCCCCCGUCCCCGGCCCCUACCCCAGCUCCAUGGUCGCGCGCCAACCCUUCUACCCGCCCGCCACCCCGGGCAUGCCCGCGCCCGCGGCGGCUCCGAUGCCCGCCAAGGCCCCCCGCGGCCACCGCGCCUCGUCAGCCGCCAUGAACGCCGCCACGGCCGACUUCGCCCUGGAAGAUGAGGACGUCUCGGCGGGCGAUUUGAUGGACCUGUUGACGCCGCGCGAGGUCAGCAAGAUGCGGUACCAGCAGCACCACGAGUGGAUGGAAGAGAUCUUCGCCUCCCCCUACGCCAUCAGCCAGAUCACCCCCGUGUCGCUGGGCCUGGGCCGCAAGGGCGAGCUGGAAUCCCUGACCGCCGGAUUCUUCGAUGCCCCCGGGGCGCCCCCGCCGGCGGACGCCAAGGAGGCCCCCGAGGCGGCUCCGGCCACUAAACUGGAACCCGCCCGCGCCGAGGAGUUCGCCGACCGGGUGGCCCAGAAGGUCGCCGACAUGACCGCCGAGAUCGAGCGAUUGAAGCGACGCCACGCCCGUCGCAUGAGCAAGUUCAACCGCACUACGCUGCUCAAGGACGCCGAGCGGCGCCUCCGCGAAUCGGCCGCCGACCCCGCGGCCUCGGGCCCCGAGAUCUGGCGGCUCGAGGGGCGGCUGGAGGUGCCCGGCGGCGACGAGUCAGAGGAGGACACCGCGCCGGUGCCGCGCGCCGUCGACCCGCCCGCCAAGUACCGGGUGGACGACGUGGUACGGGAGGUGGAGACGGCGUGGCAGCGGCCGGUCGUCGCGGAGCCCAAGAUCUCAUGUGUGCAAAAAGGGGGUCUGCUGGAGAAGAUCGAGCCGGAGCCUCCGGUUGCCCCGCCCGCGGCCGAGGCCGCGGAUGUGGACAUGGGCGGCAUGGGCCUCGAGCCAGAAGCUCCGGCUGCCAGCGCGCCCGCCCCGUCCGCUCCGCUCGCCGCGGCGCCCGACGUCACAGCGCAGGCCCCGCCGCCGACCGCCCCUAGCGUCCACCCGCCCCGCGCCAAUGUCGAUAUGGAUCUAGGCGCCGACCCGGUCCCCGCAGCCAGCCAGCCCUCCUCCGCCGUGCCCGCCGCCACCGCGUCCGGCGAGACCGGUGAGUGGGUCAUGGUGAACGAGGAGCAGAAGGAGUUGGCCGGCGAGAAGCCGGCGGCCGACACGCCCAGCGGAGCGAUUCCGGGGAUGACACCGGCGCAGACGGACAGCGCGGGGGACACGGCGCUGGACGGGGCCAACUUCGACUUCACCAACAUGGACAGUGCGGGGGAUGCGCUGGCGGCGUACACGGAGCAGAACGAGGGGUUGGAUCUGCCGGACCUGGACAAUUCGGCGUUUGGGGAUGCUUUCCAUGCGUCGGAUAAUGAGAAUACGCAUCACCACGAUGAUGAUCUUUAA